AUGGGGACAGCACUGCCUCCAGGGCCACACCCUGUUUCCAAUCCCUUCAGACAGGCUCUGGAGCUCUGCCCUCAAGCACAGUUGCAGCCUCUGAGAGGAGAUGCCAUGACCUUCACCUUCACAGCCCUGCUCUGUCUUGGACUCACUCUGGGCCUCAGGAUCUCAGUGCUGGCAGGGUCCCUUCCUAAGCCUAUCCUCAGAGCACAGCCGGACUCUGUAGUCUCCAUGCACAGUAAGGUGACCUUCUUGUGUGAGGGGACCCAAGGAGCCACAAGUUACUGUCUCUAUAAAGAACCAAAACAAUAUCCAUUGUGCAUAGAAAAUCCACCUAAAUCUGGUAACAAGAUUGAUUUCUUCUUUUCAAACAUUGACCAGUACCAUGCAGGACAUUACCACUGUUAUUAUCAGAUGCAUGGUAAAGUUUCAGAGGACAGUGAUGCCCUGGAGCUGGCUGUGACAGGAGCACACAGAAAACCCAGCCUGUCGGCCCAGCCCAGCCCUGUGGUGACCACAGAACAGAAGGUUACCCUCCAGUGUGUGUCACGGCAGAAUUAUGACAGGUUUAUUCUGACUAAGGAAGAACCAAAGAAGCUCUUCGGGAUGAAGAACUCACGGUAUAACUAUACUACUGGGAAAUUUGAGGCCUUCUUCUCUGUGUAUCCAGUGACCUCCAACCAGAGGUGGACAUUCAGAUGCUACAGCUAUGGCAGUCACAACCCACAAGUGUGGUCAGAGCCUAGUGACCCCCUGGAACUCCUGGUCUCAGGAAACCUCCCCAAACCCAUCAUCAAGGCUGAACCGGGCUCUGUGAUCUCCUUCACUAGUUCCGUGACCAUCUGGUGUCAGGGGAACAUGGAUGAAGAAAUGUAUUUUCUGCAUAAUGAGAGAAGCCAAAAAACCUGGAACACACAGACACUGCAGGAGCCUGGGAACAAGGGCAAGUUCUUCAUCCUUUCUGUGAGGAGAGAUCAUGCAGGACAAUAUCGCUGUUAUUGUUACAGUUCAACUGGUUGGUCAGAGCCCAGUGACACCCUGGAGUUGGUGGUGACAGGAAUCUAUCAGGACUAUGAACCCAGGCUGUCAGUGCUGCCCAGCCCUGUGGUGACAGUGGGAGGGAACAUGACACUCCAGUGUGCCUCACAACGUCACUAUGAUAAAUUCAUUCUCACCAAGGAAGAUCAGAAGUUCACCAGCUCACUGGUCACACAGCAUAUUCCUUCUAGAGGACAGUACCAAGCCAUGUUUGUUAUGGGACCCAUGAGCCCAAACCUCACAGGGACAUUCAGAUGUUAUGGUUACUACAAGAAUACAGCACAAUUGUGGUCAGUAUCCAGUGAGCCCCUGGAAAUUCACCUCUCAGGGCCGUCCAAGAAGCCCUCUCUGCUGACUAACCAAGGCCAUAUCCUGGACUCUGGAAUGAGCCUCACCCUGCAGUGUUGCUCUGACAUCAACUAUGACAGAUUUGCUCUGUACAAGGUGGGGGAAUCUAACAUCAUGCAGCACCCUAGCCAGUGGACCGACACUGACCUCUCCAUGGCCAGCUUCACACUGGGCCAUGUGAGCCACUCCACUGGAGGCCAAUACAGAUGCUAUGGUGUGCACAACCUCUCCUCUGAGUGGUCAGCCUCCAGUGACCCCCUGGACGUCCUGAUCACAGGACAGCUCCGUGUCACUCCUUCCCUCUCAGUGAAGCCUAACUCCACAGUACACACAGGAGAGAAUGUAACCCUGCUGUGUUGGUCAAUGUACAGUGUGGACACUUUCAUUCUGUCCAAGGGGGGAUCAGUCCAGCCACCCCUGCGACUAAAAUCAAAGUUCAAAGAUCGACAGUUCCAGGCAGAAUUCUCAAUGAAUGCUGUGACCUCCCAUCUCUCAGGCACCUACAAGUGCUAUGGAUCUCAAGACUCAUAUACUCCCUACCUGUUGUCAUAUGCCAGUGCCCCUGUGGAGCUCACAGUCUCAGGACCCAUCAGAACCUCUACCUCACCUCCCACAACAUCCAUGACAACAGAUGGUCUACAAUGGUACCUGAAGGCCCUGAUAGGAGUGUCUGUGGCCUUCCUCCUGUUCCUCUUCAUGUUCAUCUUCAUCCUUCUCCAACGAAGACAUCAGGAAAAAUUCAGGAAGGAUAGUGAGAAGACCCAGAAAGAGAAAGAAUUGCAACUUCCUGCAGGAGCUGCAGGGCCCAUAACCAGGGACAGAAAACCCCAGAAGAGGUCAAACUCAUCUGCUGCCACCCAGGAAGAAAGCCUUUAUGCUUCAGUGGAGGACAUGCAAACUGAGGAUGGUGUGGAGCUGGACAGUUGGAGACCACCUGAGGAAGAUCCCCAGGAAGAGACAUAUGCUCAGGUGAAACCCUCCAGGCUUAGGAGGCCAGGAGCUGUCUCACCUUCUGUCAUGCCAAAGGAACAGCUGAACACACUAUAUGACCAAGCAGAAGAGGGCCAAGAAGUGGACAGUCAGGUUACCGAAUCCAAGGAGCCCCAGGAUGUGACCUAUGCCCAGCUGUGCAGCAGGACACUGAGACAGGGGACAGCUGCACUUUCUCUCGCUCAGGCAGAGGAAGCCCCAGAAGAGCCAACUGUAUAUGCUGCUCUGGCGACUGCUCAUCCACGGGCUGUUCCACAGGACAAGGAGCAAUGACCCUCUGCCUGCCAGGAUGCCUAACAGACACCACCAAGGGACUCUGGGAACUUUUGGAAACCUGACUGCACUUUAAGUAACAUCACAGUUUGGAAAUAAAGCCAGAGAUUUCUCAAUAA